AUGGAAACCAUACGUCUUACGCUGAUCUUUUUGCACACAGUGAUCAUCAUUUUUGCAACAGUAGAAUUAUAUUCACAUUUGAAUCAUAUUCCCGAUGAUAAAAACAAACAUAUUUCAGGCAUUGUUCAUUUUGUCACUGAUUUCUUAUAUAUUAUACUGUAUCAUGUCAGUAGUAUGAUUGUUAUUUGGUAUACUAAUCGGUCAGGUUCGGGGAUGGUGCGUGCAACUGGCAUAUUAUUGAUUGGUGAGUUAAUACAAGUUAUCUCUAUGAUCAUUCAACUUGUACUUGAUCCGAAUUUUACAAUGAGCAAUGAACUGUUGUCAUUUAUUACAUAUGAUAUGGUUCUAGUCGCUGCAGUAAUACUAACAUUUCGAAUGAGUGAUCAAAUCUCAAAGCGUCGAAUCGAUUUUAUGCAAAUUGAGCUGCUUCCGGAUAUGAUCAGUAGUCGAAGUGUAGACAGUAGUAAUGAACCUGCAUUUCUUUAA